AUCAGCAGGCUGAUCCUUUUUUCCUUCUAUAUAUAUAUAUUUUGGUUCAGGUGUUUAGGAAUGCUGUAACAAACUACAGGACAUGGAUCUUUGUCCUCCUGUAUGGCUAUUCCACGGGUGUUGAAUCAUCCACUGAUAAUGUCAUUGCAGAAUAUUUAUAUGAUAGGUUUGUUUUCUUAUUUUACAUUUUGAGAAAGGUAUUGUAUAUGGGGUAUCCCACCCAAUGCACAAACAGGGAAAUUCUCAAUUUGCAAAUUGAGAAUUUUUAUGUCAGUAUAUUGAGUGAGGUACCAAGUGUAACUACUGAGAUAUUGUAGAUUUUUUCUAGAAUUUUGCUUUAAGUGAUAAAACGGGUAGCACGAAGUACUAUAUUAUCUGUACAUCCGGGAUACUGGACCAAUAAUAUUUAAUGUGUGACAAAGCAAUUAUAUAGCCUGAGAAUUUAAUGUGUGACAGGUUUGAUCUCAAGCUUCACACUGCUGGAAUCAUCGCGGCCACCUUCGGCAUGGCUAACAUUGUGGCUUGGCCAUUUGGCGGAUUCGCUUCCGACUUUAUGGCCAUAAAGUUUGGCAUGAGGGGCAGGCUAUGGGCCCCUUGGAUCCUCCUACAAACACUCGGAGGGACUUUCUGUGUUCUCCUUGGCUACGACAACUCCCUAGCCAUAGCGGUCGUCAUGAUGGUCCUCUUCUCCAUUGGAGCUCAGGCUGCAUGUGGAGCAACUUUUGGCAUUAUUCCAUUCAUUUCUCGAAGAUCACUCGGUAUCAUAUCUGGAUUGACCAGUGCAGGUGGGAACUUUGGCUCUGGUCUGACCCAAUUAGUGUUCUUCACAAGCUCAGGACUCUCCACUGCUAGAGGUCUCUCCUACAUGGGGUACAUGAUCAUAGGCUGCACAUUGCCUGUGACGCUUGUGCACUUUCCACAGUGGGGAAGCAUGUUCCUUCCUCCUUCGAAAGAUGCAGUAAAAGGUACUGAAGAGCACUGCUAUGUGUCUGAGACUUCCCUUAACAUGCUAAGUAAACAGGAUAUGGCAAAAUCAAUACUGCUCUCGUCAUUUCUUAUGGGUGACUGAUUGUUUUAAGUUAAAAAUUAAGGAUCUGGAAACCAUCAUGAUGCAGUUCACCCUAGUAUUUGUAUCGCAUAUCACAUGAUUUCAUGUUACAAACAAUAAACAGAGCAUGUACAAUACUUUAUUGAAGAGAGAGGGAAAAAUGUGCAAUCACAAGGACAAACAGGGUGCUCGCCUAUACAAUAACAACUAGAAAUAAGCCUACGAGAAAACGACAUUUAUGAGAUUGUGCAUACCAUUGAAGAUAAUUAUUUGCUGUGAGAGGCAAUAUGUUUAUUCUGAUUACAGGAAACUACAACUACCCAACUCAAGGGAACAGCAUGAAUGCAAAUUAUGAUCAACAGUUUUUACCUUUUAAACGGA